AAAUCAUCCCAAACCAUUUCAUCAAUUUCCUUUCCUAAGUCUUACUCUUCCACUCUCAUAAUUACUUUACCCAGAGGGAGACGGGAGGACUGUAGGAUAUUAGAGAGCAAUGGAAACUGUUGUAGCAUCCAAACCAAUGAUUAAAGUUGCUGCCAUUAGUGGGUCUUUAAGGAAAGCCUCUAACAACAGAGGCUUAAUUCGAACUGCUUUGGAGCUUACCAAAGAGUCCAUUAAUGGGAUUGAGAUGGAAUACGUAGACAUUUCACCACUUCCAAUGCUCAACACAGAUUUGGUAGUUGAUGGCAAGUUACCCCCUGCGGUUGAGGCUUUCAGGCAGAAGAUUUUACAGUCUGAUAGCAUCCUUUUUGCUUCCCCUGAAUACAACUAUUCCCUUACUGGACCUCUGAAGAAUGCACUUGACUGGGGUUCACUAUCACCCAAUGUAUGGGCAGAUAAAGCGGCUGCCAUUGUAAGCGCCGGAGGAGGCUUUGGUGGUGCGCGAUCACACUAUCAUCUUCGCCAAGUUGGGGUUUUCCUUGAUCUUCAUUUCAUCAAUAAGCCUGAGUUUUACUUGAACGAGUUUGAGCCUCCUGCAAAGUUCGAUAGCGAUGGCAACCUUAUUGAUGAGGCAUCCAAGGAGAAAAUGAAACAAGUUCUUGUUGCCUUGCAAGCAUUUACCCUGCGACUCCAACCUAAAAACUGAAUAAACAAAUCACUCUUUCUUUUCUCAAUUCUUCCAUUGCUACUAUGAUGAAUUACAAUUUGUCUGUUUGAAAUGCUGCAAUUUGAAACUUGUAAUUUUAUGUACUAAUAAUAACAAAUGCUACUUCGACAGAGGAAAAAAAAUGUAUACGCAUUUCACUGUCAAUUGCCUUGUAAGCGGGCAUACCCUAAAUUUAUGAUACUUCAAUUUCUUUUUUUCAAAUAUUAGUGUUUGAUAUAUAAUAAAUUAUUUUAUGGAUUUUUUCUACCACA